AUCCAAUUCCGAGUACUCCAGUGAACCUGUCCUGCAGAACUCAGUUGUGAAUCUGUUCCCUGCCUGUGGCUUGCCUGGUCAAAAUGUUCAGGUAGCAAGAACAAGAGGGGAAAUGGUAAGGCAAAUGGGCAUCGGGCUACAGGGAUUUGUUCUCAGCUAAGCUAGCUUAGUUCUUAUCUGGUUCCAGCCAGAGACGCAAAAUGGUGGGAAUUGGCUUCUUGGUGUGAAGAAUGCACUGAUGGAGAGAAUGCAGCCCAGUGCUCCCUCCACCCCUUUCCUCCUCCUCCUUCUUUUCUCCCCAAAUGUGAGCUUGCUGCCUAUUAUUCAACCCUGUUUUGUUAAAUUGGAGAACAGAGAGUUUUUUAUUCCUUCCCAGAAGUGCCCUUUCAGAUUCUGUAACUGUGUGUCCUAAUCCCCAGGAAGCAAGAGACCAAGAUCAGUCACGAUUGGACUCCAUGGUACUACUCAUUCUGAAACUGGAUCAGCUGGACCAGGAUAUUGAGAAUGCUCUCAGCGAAAGCUCUUCGCCUUCCAGCACAUUGACCCACCCAGGAAAGCCCAUCCCCGAUUCGGAAUCACUUCCUGGAGAUACAGUAGACAUCAUUUCUUUAAAUAACCAGCAAAAGAACCAACCACCGCCAUCACCUCCUCUACCUCCUACUCUCUAUGGUGCAGAUAAAGCAUUUCCUAUCCCAAUGGCUGGUUCUGGAGCAAAACCAAAGGCUGGGGUGAGCUAAAAAAAAAAAACACCUUUUAAUAUGUAUGUGUGUGCUGGGAAGGGUGU